CAGUACCUGAACCAUCUCUGGACUGUACCAGGACAGUACCUGGACCAUACCUGGACUGUGCUGGGACCGUGUCAGGACAGUACCAAGAGUGUACCGGAACCAUACCUGGAUCCAACCGGGACCGGGACAGUACCGGACCGUGCCCCGCAGUCACGGCCGGGCUCGCUGGUACUGUCCCGUUCCCAUUCCCGGGAGUUCCCGUUCCCAGGGCCGGGCGGGGCGGCCGCUGUCCCCGCCCCGGGGCGCUCCCGCCGCUUCCUGCGGGCACGGCCGGGACGGGGCGGGACGGGACGGGUCGAGGCGGCGGCGGUAGCGGAGCGCGAGCCUCCCUGUGCCCUAUUGGUGCCAGGGGAUGCCGGGAUGCCGGUGCCCACGUGCCCUCAGCGCCCUGCCCUGAGCCCGGAGCCCGGCUGUCCCAUGGAGGAUCCACCUGGCACCAGGACCGAGGCGUGGGCCGAGGGGCUCCAUAACGCCAACAACAACGCCUCCCCUGGGGGGUGGCCUGGUGCCCGCGGUGGGCACCCCCUGGCAGCUUUCGGGGGUCCCGGAGCCAAACCCAGCUACCUGGACCGCGUGGUGCAGGAGAUCGUGGAGUCAGAGCGCACCUACGCCCGUGACCUGCGCAGCAUCGUAGAGGGUUACCUGGGCAAGAUCAUCGACGCAGAGGAGCCGGUGCUGCGACCAGAGCAGGUCAGCGCGCUCUUCGGGAACAUCGAGGACAUCUACGAGCUCAGCAGCACCCUCCUGCAAAACCUGGAGAGCUGCGCCAAUGACCCCGUGGCUGUGGCCGUGUGCUUCGUCACCCGGAGCCAGGAAUUUGCCAUCUACACCCAGUACUGCAACAACUACCCCAGCUCGGUGGCGGCACUGACCGAGUGCAUGAGGAGCAAGGUCCAGGCACGGUUCCUGCGGGAAUGCCAGGAGCGGCUGCGCCAUGCGCUGCCCCUUGGCGCCUACCUGCUCAAGCCUGUCCAGAGGAUCCUCAAGUACCACCUACUGCUCCAGGAGAUCGCCAGGCACUUCGAGCACAAGGUGGGGGACGACUAUGAGCUGGUGCUGGAGGCCAUUGACACCAUGACCUGCGUGGCCUGGUAUAUCAAUGACAUGAAGCGCAAGCACGAGCACGCCAUCCGCCAGCAGGAGAUCCAGUCGCUGCUGCUGGGCUGGAAGGGGCCAGACUUGACAAGCUACGGGGAGCUGGUGCUGGAGGGCACAUUUCGGACACAGCGGGUGCGCCAUGACCGUGCGCUCUUCCUCUUCGACAAGGCCCUGCUCAUCACCAAGCGCCGUGGUGACCACUAUAUCUACAAGAGCCACAUCCCGUGCUCCUCGCUGAUGCUGAUUGAGAGCACACGGGACUCGCUGUGCUUCAGCCUGGCACACUACAAGCACGGCAAGCAGCAGUACAGCCUGCAGGCCAAGAGCGUGGAGGAGAAGCGUGUGUGGACUCACCACAUCAAGCGGCUCAUCCUGGAGAACCACCAUGCCACCAUCCCCCAAAAGGCUAAGGAAGCCAUCCUGGAAAUGGACCUGUUCUACCCCCCACGCCUGCCCCGCUGCAGCCCCGAGCGCCUGAAGAAGAGCUGGUCCUGCCAGCCCCUGGGUGAUGCUGCCACCGAGCCACUCCAGGGACGCCGGCAGUCUGAGCCCUUCCAGCACCAGGGGCACACGGAGACGCUGCUGGAGCGGCUGCAGGGACACGGGGGGCGCAGGCAGUCGGGUGUGGACAGCGGAUGGGAUCAGGGGGCUCAGGGUGCUGAUGAGUUGGGGGACACGGGGGUGAUGCCACUGUCACUUCCCCUGCCCCCAGAGCCCACCAAGCACAACCUGUGGCACCUGGGAGAGCAAGGGCUGAAGAGCGCCGGCAGCGACGGGGCACUCCUGGAAGUGGGGGAGCCACCCCAGCACCCCAGAGCCUGGGCAGCGGCUGAGGGCAUGGUGGCAGAGGAAGAGGAGGAGGAGGAGGAAGAGGAGGCUUUGGGCAAGGACUGUCAGGAGGAGCUGCCGGGGCCUGAGGAUCUGCUGUUGGAGCCCCAGGAGGUGCAGGCUGGGGGACACCCCUGGGUGCUGGAGGGAACCAAGCGGCCGAGCAGCUGGGGGCCGGGGAGCUGUGAGAAGGUCAGUGCAACCCCCCGGCCCUCACCUGGGGGUGCCCAGACACCCAGCACCCACCCCCCUAACAGCAGUGCUGGAGAGCACCCCAAGGUCCCCAAAUCCCCAUCCCUGGUGGGGACCCUGGCGCUACCCAGUGGGGACAGGGAACCGGAGCGUGCUGCGGAGGAUUUGCAGGUACUGAGCAGCGAGGAGGAGGAAGAGGAGGAGGGGGAAGGAGCCACCAGCAUCCUGCCGCCCUCAGUGCUGGACCAGGCCAGCGUCAUUGCCGAGCGGUUCGGCGGCGGCAGCAGCUUAUCCCGAAGGAGCAGCCUGGUGCUGGAGGGGCCCCUGGGACGCACCCCCAGCCAUGGUGGCAGCACCCUCAGCCUGGAUGGGGGCCCCCCGCUCGAAUCCGGGGAGCCUGAGGGAUCCCGCAGUGCCAUCCCCUCGCCCGAGCCCUUCACUAGAGCCCGCCGGGAAUCACUGCUCUCCAACCGCGACCGCCUGCUCCUCGACAAGAUCAAGAGUUACUAUGGCCAUGCCGAGCACCGCGAUGCCGGUUUCGCGGUGCGCCGUCGCGAGAGCCUCUCCUUCAUCCCCAAGGGGCUGGUGCGGAGCUCCGUGUGCCGCCUCAAUGGGCUCCCACGGCCCCCUGAGAGCCCUGAGCCCCCCAGCCAGCCCGAGGCACCAGAGCCAUGCCAGGAGAAUGGGGAGCAGCCCCCCGAGCCACUGCUCAUCCUGGAGGAGGAUGAUGUGGGCACCGUGGCGUCACCUCCCGGGCCACCCCCGCAGCUGCUGCUGACACCCCCUCACCUGGGCACCAAAGUGUACCAGCUGGCACGGCAGUACAGCCUCCGCAUCAAGAGCCGCCGCGCCAGCACCCGCCGCCCCCCGCUGCUGCCGCAGGAGGACAGGGACCCCCCUCCCAGCACCCCUUCGCUGGCUGUGCCGCGGGACAACGUGCUGGUGCCGUCCCCAUCCCCUCGUGUCCCCCGCAGCCCUUCGAGCCCCGUGGGCGCCGAGCCCUUUGCGUGGCCCGACGUGCGGGAGCUCCGUGCCCGUUUCGGUGCCCCGCGAGAGCGGGGCAGUGGCCGGAGCCGCAGUGCCGAGGCCAACGGGGGCUCGGACACCCCGAGCCCGGCGCCAGCGCGGUACAGCAGUGAUGGGGCGCUGUGGGUGGCGGCCGAAGCCCCUCUGGGCUCCGGGCAGCGGGUGCUGGUGCUGGAGCGGCUGCCGGAGCCCCCGGCCUACGUGCAGAUCCGCUCGCCCACCACCAGGGAGAAGAUCUGCCUGAAGGCGGUGGUGGAGCGCUGCAAAGCCUACCAGGCAUCUGAAGAGUACCGGCGGCGCUGCCCCGAGCCCCCCGGCAGCCCCGAGCCGCUGCGCCACGGCCUCGUCAGGGACCUGCGGCAGAAGUUUCAGACCCUCGACGCUGCCAGCUAGGGGCAGGGAUGGGUAGAAGGGGUGUCCUGUGGACCCUCACAGGAAGGAGCACCCUGUGGACCUCCAACCUGCCUGGGAAAAGAGGCACCACAUGGACCUCAAGUCUCGUUGGAAAAAGGAGAUCCCCAUGGAUCCUGAACCUGCCUGGGAGAAGGGACACCCCAUGGCCUCCCAGGCUGUUUGGAAGAGGGAGGUCUUUGGGAACUUCCAGUCUGCCCAGGAUCCCCAGCCCUCCUGGAAGAAGGAGCAAGCCAUGGACACCCAGCUUGCCCAGGAGAAGGGGCAACCCAUGGACCCCCAAUCUACCUGUAAGAAGAGGCACCCAUGACCCCCCAGCCCACAGGAAAACCUGGCAGAAAGAGCACCCUGGGGACUCCCAACCUGCUCUGGACAAGAGACACCCCCUGUUCUCUCUGCCCACAGGAUCAGGGGCACCCCAAGAACCUCCCACUACAAGCACCAGUGGCCCCCACGCCCUGCAGGCACCCAGCACUGCACCCUGCUCGCUUUCACAUCUUUAUUAGAAAAAAAACCCCAAACUGAACCCAAAGUUCCUUUGUGGUUGCCCGCCCCCCCCCAGGGUGUCUCGGCCCGGCUGCGGGGUGCAGGGGGGCCCCCCCACCCCGGCUAUGGGGGGGCACGGGAUGGGGGGUGCCAGAGAGGGGCCCCCAUGGACUGACGCUCUUUGGUUGGUGCCCACGGGGGCCAAGGGGUCCCCCCUCUGCACCCACACGCUGUGGGGGGGGAGGUUAUGGCUUUGGGGGGCACCCACACGCCCCCCGUGCGGGUGCUGGGGGGGGUCCAUGCACACCUGUGGGGUGCACACCUGUGCCGUGCGUGCGGAGGGGGGCCGGGGGGUGCACCUGCAUGCGGGGACACACGUGUGCAGACGUGUGCGUGCAGGGACACGUAUGGGCACGGGGGGUGCACGCCUGGGGGGCACCUGCGGCCGCCUCCGCGCAGGGGUGCGCCUGAAGCGUGUAAAUGUAUGUAUAUAUAUAAAUACAAAUAUAUAUAUAUA